UUUCUUCUGAGUUACGACCAUUUCCCAGGAAGAGGCCUCCGUCGCCGUGUAGCCAUUUCUGGAAGCUGUAACAUUUGCAAAUAAAGGAUGCCAGAUUGCGUUUCAGGAGGUCACCAAGAAUGCACAUAUCGGUUGCUUCAUUGUGGAAAGCGAGGACUUAUGAGGUCCAAUGCUACCAUAGAUUUGUGAUGUUUUGCUAUUGGCUGGAAGGAGUAGAGUUACCUAACUAUUGAAUCUUUUAGCUAUUGAGCCUGCAGCCCUUAUAAUGCAAGUGAUUCAUGGCUGUGCGCAUUUCAUCAAUUUCAAGACUCCCCAGCUGUUUUUCAAAGAUCAAGAACUUAGCAGCUACUGGGAGAUGGCAAGAGGUUCUUUCCUGUCACCGUGAAUUGAGGGAGGCAGGAGUUCAAUUGACUGAUCCUUCUGUCUUCCCUCCCAUUCUCAAAGCAUGUUCUGCGAUAUCUUUUGAUUAUGGCAAGUCCUUUCAUGCAUCUUUGCUUAAACAGGGACUUGAUUCAUUCACUUCCUUGGGCAAUUCUAUUAUUGAUUUUUACGUGAAAUCUGGAACCCUGGGUUGUGCAAAUGAUGUUUUUGAUUGCAUGAGGAACAGAGAUUCAGUUUCUUGGAACAUAAUCAUUCAUGGACACCUUGAUCAAUGUGCUUUUGAGCAGGGGUUAGGCUUGUUUUUCCAGGCCAAAAUUACAGGAUUCAAACCUAACAUAUCCACUUUGGUGCUUGUGAUUUGUGCAUGUCGUGAACGCCAGUUAUUUGAUGAUGGGCAAAUACUUCAUGGGUAUAUUGUUCGUAGCGGGUUUUGGGCCAUCUCUUCAGUUCAGAACUCCCUUUUAUGUAUGUAUGCAGACAUCAGGAUGGAGCUUGCUCGGAAGCUCUUCAAUGAAAUGCAUCAUAGAGAUGUAAUCUCUUGGAGCGUAAUAAUUGGCUGGUAUGUGCAAAAUGGUGAAGCCAGAGUUGCUUUAGAGUUCUUCCGGCAAAUGGUAUCUGAGUUUCACAUUGAAGUGGAUGGGCCUAUAACUGUAACUAUACUCAAAGCAUGCACCAAUUUACAGAACAUUGAAAUGGGAAAUUUGGUCCAUGGCUUUGCGAUUUCGAGAGGCCUGAAAUGUGAUGUGUUUGUAGGUAACUCGUUGGUUGAUUUCUAUUCCAAGUGUGAUGAUGUUGAAUCUGCUUUUAAAGCCUUCAGCGAGAUGAGUCAAAAGAAUGUGGUAUCAUGGAAUGCUCUACUAUCUGGAUAUGUUCAAAGUGAGAAGCAUUCUGAAGCCCUGUUGUUAUUUGAUUCAAUGAGAAGGGCAGGAGUUGAAGCUGAUGAAGUAACCCUUGUCAAUCUGCUUCAAGUAUGCAAAUAUCUUAUGUUACCAUAUCAAUGCAAGUUGAUUCAUUCCAAAGUACUUAGACAAGGUUAUGAAUCAAAUGAGUUGGUCAAAAAUUCUUUAAUUGAUACAUAUGCAAAAUGCAAUUGCAUUAGUCUUGCAUGGAAGCAGUUUAGUCAGAUGAAGCACCGAGAUGCGGUCACUUGGAGCACAAUGAUUGCAGCAUUCACUUACUGGGACAUGCCUGGUGAAGCAAUUGCUCUUUUCCGAGAGAUGAAGCUGAUUGAAGAAAAUCUUAACACAGUUACCAUGUUGAAUCUUAUUGAAGCCUGCUCUCUUUUUGCAGAUCUGAACAUAUCAAAGUCUGCUCAUGGUAUUGCUAUUCGACAUGGCUUAGCUUUUGAGGUUGCAGUUGGAACUGCUGUUUUGGAUAUGUAUUCCAAAUGUGGGGCGAUACAGGCUUCAAGAAAAGCUUUUGAAUACAUGCCCCAAAAAAACAUUGUGUCAUGGGGUGCUAUGAUUGCAGCAUAUGGUAUGAAUGGCCUUCCUCGUGAUGCUUUAGCUUUACAUGCCAAAAUGGAAUCUCAGGGUCUCAAGCCCAACUUAGUAACAAGCCUUUCUCUGUUAUCUGCAUGUAGCCAUGGGGGAUUGGUUGAUGAGGGCUUGUCUGUCUUUGAGAAUGUGAUACAAGAAUAUGGUGUUGAAAUUGGGGUGGAACAUUAUUCGUGUCUUGUGGACUUGUUGGCUCGAUCUGGAAAGUUUGAUAGUGCAAUGGAUUUUAUCAACAAAAUACCUUGUACAGUAAAGCCUAGCGCUAGUGCAUGGAGUGCAAUCUUGAGCGGUUGUAGGAACUCUGGUAAUAGGGAGGUUGGGGCUGGUGCUUUAGCUCAUAUUCUUGAAUUGGAGCCAUCUAGUAGUGCUGGAUAUGUGCUGGCAUCUAACAUGUAUGCUUCUGGUGGUUUAUGGUCGGAUGCUGUCACUAUGAGAUUGUUGGGCAAGAAAAGUGGGGUGAAGGUACUCGCUGGGUACAGUUUGGUUCAUGUGAACAAUAGGGCAUACAGGUUUGUUGCAGGAGAUAAACAUGAUCCAUUAUCUGAUAAGUUGUGUAUUUUUAUUGAACAAUUACAUUCGUGGAUGAAGAUUGAGAAUACAGAUCAUGAUAAUAUAUUGGGAACAAAAAUGAAGGAAGUUAAAUCCUGUUCUUCCGGUUUUCGCCUACAACAACAGCUAGAACAGUUUGUGGAUGCUGGUACCUGAUUUCUAAGGGUAGAUUCAUUCUUUUUUGUAUCUAACUGCAUGAUGUAGCAUUGCAACCCUGGAAUCCGUCUACCGGUUCUUUUUUACAGAGGCAUUAUGUAAGCAUCAUUUAUCUGUAGCUAGUUUUAGUUGACAGGACAAUGUAAUUCAAUAAGAUUUUGUGCAUUGAUACUUGAGGACAGAUGACACUAAACAAUGGUGACCUUAUCCUGCCAAAUAGUUUAAACAAGCAUUUGGAGAGUUGUUAA